AUGGGGUCCCAGCCCUUCAGCGGGGACGGAGCUAGGCUGGCAGCCAAAGACAUCCAGAGAUGCAGGAGGAGAGCUCCGCCUUCAAAACUCAAGCUGAAAGGGAACCUCAAGAGAUUAGGACGCACAGCAGGCGCUGAGGAGCAGCGCCACCCUCAGGAAAAGGCCCGGCGGGCCUCCGCGGCGCACACCCCACCGGUUGCUCGCCCACGGUCCCACCCGCUUCUUCCUCUCCUUAAACGCGAAGCCAGUCUGGACCGGGAGCCCCGGCGUCCCCGGAGAACCGGGGCCUGUGCGCCGCGCCCUGAGCCCCCAGAUCGGCUGGGCCGCCCAGACCCCCACAGUACUUCCCCGCUACGGCUGCCCAAACCCACAAAAUACUCCCCCGCUACUCCCCAACCCCGAAACCCCCGCUUCCGCCGACCAACGCGCGGGCGCCCGCAGGCCGCAAAGCCUGCAGCCCAGACACGGCCCCCGCUGCCCCGAGCCUAG